UAAAUCAUAUGGAAAUUUAAUGAAUACACUCAUUCAUUAACGCGCCCACGAAAAUAUUUUUGAAAAAAAUAAAUUCGAAAAAAACGUUCUAUUUACUUUACAUAUUAUUAUGACGAAAUGUCCAAGAUGCACAAAGGAAGUAUAUUUUGCUGAAAAAAAAUCAUCCCUAGGUAAAGAUUGGCAUCCCUUAUGUCUGAAAUGUGACAAAUGUAACAAAUUAUUAACUCCAGGAAACCAUGCAGAACAUGGGGGUAAGCCAUAUUGUCACAUUCCAUGCUAUGCAUCCCUAUAUGGACCAAGAGGUUAUGGAAGGGGUGGUACAGAAAGUCAUAUUUACAGCAAAUAAAAUGAAAAUUAAACAGAAAAUACACAAAUAACACCACCAAUUGAAAACAUUCAGAAAUAAAUUUAAAUAUUUUUAAAAAAAUAUCUUAUAUUCCUUUAGGAUGGCAAUAUAUUUAUAUAUUUUUUUUUUCAUUCAAACAUUUCAUACACUACAAAUGAUCUAAUUUAUUAAAUCAUUUUUUUU